CGUCCACUCACUGUAAUCAGCAUAAACAGGCUGCUGUUCAUUGAGAAAGCAGGUCCUUGUGUAUCCUGGGAUGUGCCGUUUUAUUUAGAAUCAGUAAAGGGUGGGAGCGUGAAGGAUGUGGACUCAGGAAGGGGACAGUGCAGCUGGAGACUCUGAUGAAGAAAGCAGUUUGUCUUCUGAAGACUGGGGCGAUAUUCAGUGUGAGAUCCUGGAAAAGCAGAGGGAUGAAGCCAAUAUGAGACUCACUGAACUGGAGGAAGCUUCCAAUCAGCUCCUGAAGGAGAUCGGUGUCCUAGAAAUGCAGUUCCAGAUUGAACGCUCCUGCAGAGAGAGCGCUGAGGCACUGGCUUUCCAGGUUAGCAAAGAGAACAACAUCCUGAAGAGGAAGAGCCGGAUGCUGAUGCCGCGGAUGCCUGACAUACCAGAAGAUCUGAUCUCUGAGAACCUUGAUGUAGAGGCCGACCUCACUGUCGAUGGUGAUGUGGUUGAUUCUGGUGGCUGCAGCACAGAUGAUACACUGCUGCUUGAAACUCAGGCUAAAAUCACAGAGCUGCAGGCGUCGGUGGAUGGCCUUCUGGCUGAGAAGUUGCUCUUAGAGCAACAAGUGGAAGAACUGACCACAGAGCAGAUCAAGCUCAGAGAGCAGCUUGCUGUGGAGGUUGAGGAGAAAGAAGCCAUUCUGAGGAAAAUGAGCAAACAGAGUAAGACCAUGAACAAAAUCAAAAGAGUGUCCAAGUUAGUCACGGAGGAGUUUACAGAAAUGUCUCAGAAGCUGGAGCUGGAGCAGGACCUCCGGCAACAUGCCGAAGUCGUCGCCCACCAGAUGCUGAGCGAACAGACGGCGGCCCAAAAAUGGAAGGUGAUGGAGCCUGGUGGCUCAGAGAGCGACGUGCAGCUGCAGCUGCAGCAGGCGCUGGAGCAGAUCACCAGCAUCAGCACCAUCCUGUCUGAUGUGCAGCUAUACUACCAGGAGCAGGUGAAGCAGAUGAAAGGUUCUGUGGAGGAGAGUGCUGAUCUGUCUGAGCUGCAGAACCUGAGAGAGCAGCAGGAGAAGACAGAGGAGGAGAGGAAGAGUCUGGAGAAGCAGCUGUUUCAAGCUAACACGUCCAUCACACAGCUGAGAGAGGAAGUGAAACAGUUCAAAGAAACCUACAACAGGAAGGAUGAAACCAAAGACGUGGUGGAAGAAUCCACUCCUCCCCCUCCCCCUCCCCCUCCACCACCCCCACCAACUCCUGUCAUCAAUUUACAGGACUUCCUCAGAAGCAGGAGAAAAGGUGGAGUCACUGCAGCUGAUCAGAAAAAGCCAGCUCCUUCUUCAGACAUCAAAGCAAAAGCAGUGGAUGAGAUGAUGGAGAGAAUAAAGAAAGGCAUCAUUCUGAGGCCCAUCAAAAACAUUCAGGAGGAAGAAAGCUCCUGGAAAGAUCAGAGAAGUGAAAACAGGAAAUCAGUCAUCCUGGAGCUGAAGGGCGUGCUGGACAACAUUAAACGUCAGCCCCACCGUAGAUUGCCCUCCAGGAGAGGAAAUAUCAGAGAUGCUGAGCUACUGAUGGUGCUACAGAGAAGAAGGAGAGUGAUCGGAGACACACAGGACACAUGGUCCUCGAAUUUGCCUCCCGAUCCCCAACCAGGGCAGCAGUGUGUCCCAGCAGCAGGUGACGGUCCCUGGGCCGGCGAGAGCGGCACUGCACCUGUGCUCCGGAGGCUGAAGCAAAACAGGGAGCAGAGAGAUUCCCGCAUUCGGGCAUCAGCACUCAUCAUCAGCCACGGAGACUUAAAGCACACUCAGGAACAAAUACCUAAUAUAUCUACCUAAUACCUGAUACAGAAAUGCACUCUGUCUGUGGUCUUUCACUGACACAUCAGGAAACCUCUGCCUUUAAAUAAAAUACUGUUCUCUCUG